AUGGCCCCGUAUGAGGCUCUUUAUGGUAGGCCAUGUAGAACUCCUAUCUGUUGGACAGAAGUAGGGGAGAAGGGACUCUUUGGUCCUGCACUUGUGCUGGAGACUACAGAGAAGAUCACUACUAUUCGGGAUAGGAUCCAAAUAGCACAAAGUAGACAGAAGAGUUAUGCAGACUUGAAGAGGAGACCAGUUGAAUUCGAGACGGGUGAUUACGUAUUCUUGAAGGUCUCACCUAUGAAAGGCGUAGUGAGAUUUGGCAAGAAGGGAAAACUCGCACCAAGGAAGUACGUCCGAGAUGAGUCCCAUGUAAUUGAUCAUGGUACGAUUGAGGUAAACACGGAUGUAACCUUUGUGGUUGAACCUCGCUUUACCUUUCAUGAUUUCAAUGCUUUAACUUUCAUGAUUAAGCAUAAUUGA